CUGAGGUCCCUUUGCCCUCACAGGCCCUGCCCGGGGCCCCUCAGAGCUCCCACAGGUCCUGCCUGGGGCCCUUCACAGCCCCCUCUGUCCCCCAGGGCCUGCCCACCUGCGCUCUAGGCCGGGGUCUGAGGGCUGGCACUAGGGAGCAGCGAAGCUCAUCUCCUGUGAAGGUGCGGCAGGAAGCAACGCCCCGGUGGGCAAGGGCAGAGCUCCCCUCCGGCAGCGCUGUCUCAGCCCGCCCGGGUCCUUCGGGGAUGAUGUCCGGCCUGACGCCGCCCUCCGCCCUUCUCCUCAUCUCUGCCCUGAGCCUCGGCUCCCAGACGCGGGGCCUGCAGCUGAGCCCCGUGCCGCCCUCCGUGACGGUGCCCGUGGGGGGCACGGCCAGGCUGCCCUGCCAGCACAACGGGGGCCGCAACGCCACCGUGACCUGGUGGCGCAUCGGCCUGAGCAAGCUGUUCCGGGAGCCGGUGGAGAGGCAGCCCCUGCCCAACGGGACGCUGGUGGUUGGGGGAGUGAGCAAGAGCGACGGGGGCAUGUACCAGUGCCGGGUCUCCAUUGGGAACAGGCUGCAGCAGGAGUCCUGUGGCACCUACCUCCGGGUGCGAGAUCCCAUCCCCAGGCCCUUCUUGGACAUGGGCGAAGCCACAAAGAACAGAAUCAUCACCGCCGAGGGGAUCAUCCUGCUGUUCUGCGCCGUUGUCCCGGGGACGUUCCUGCUCUUCAGGGUGAGGCUCCCGGGGGCCCCAGCCCCCCUCUCCCGGGGCCCAGCCCGCCGGCCCCCCAGGUUUCCUCCUCCCCCCCUCCCCCCGGGGGGCCUCACUCCACUGCUUCUUCCUCCACAGAGAGAAAGCCCUGCCCACGGCUGCCCUCCCCCCUCCCCCAUUCCCCUUCUGCUCCCAGGGGGAAGGCGGAGAGGGAUGGGACCAGAGGAAGGGGCAGGCCUGGGGUGGGGGGGAGGGUCGGACUCCCCACGGGCAGGGCCCCGGGAGGCAGCCACGGAGUCCCAGGUGGAGGCACCAGGAGCUGGAAGCUGGCAGAGCCUUAGUUGGAGCACCUGGACUUUUGACAUGAGGAACCUGUAUGAGGGCCUUAACCUAGACGACUGUGCCAUGUAUGAGGACAUCUCCCGGGGCCUGCAGGGGACCACCCUCAGGGUGGGGGACGUGCAGCUGGAGAAGCCGUGAGGGCCCCAAGCGCCCCGGGGCUCCCCAGCUUUGCCAGGCUCUCAGUGCGCUCAGCAAUGGGUUGGACUGGGAGGUAUCCAAGGUCCUUCCCAGCUCUGACAUCCCUCGUUCCAAGGUCCCCCUGGCUGUUGUGAUCUCCUGCUGGCCUCCGGCCCCCCAGCCCUGACCCCCCCCGUUCUAAGCCCCCCAGCCCUGACCU